UUUGCACCGAGCGAUGCGACUAGUUUCGUGAAAACAAUCGCAUACUAUGUGUCCGGAUUCUUGUUCAUCAAACAAUUAUUUUUUCUCUAUGAUUAUUCUAUUUGAAUUAUUUUCAUUGCAAUAAAGUCGUGAUUCCAAGUGCUUCGAAAGAGAUCAAGGAAGAAGCUUGGGGUGGAAGGUGAAACAUGUUGAACUGAGGCAAUCUGUUGAACAGACUGCCGAGGGCAGACAUCCAGAAGGGGUUUUCUGCAACGGAUAACGUAAUUGACGAAGUAACUCGCUUAGCGUGCAAUAUCACGCGACAAAGUGGCGGCCUGGCUUAAAUGGAUGGACUGAGGGAGUCGCGAGAAAAUGUGUCCGGCCAGCGAGCAGAGUCGCUGAUAUCGAGGAGUAGCAUGGCCGGAGGAUCAUGGACCGCAUGGCUACAGCGAUGUCGAGAAUCACGACGAUUAGUCAUCGUGAUUGUCGCCAUUGCUCUUCUGCUCGACAACAUGUUGCUGACCACCGUCGUCCCUAUAAUCCCGGAAUUUCUGUACGAUAUCAAACAUCCGAACGCGACUCUGAGCGAACACCUUGAUGGGCCAUCCCGUCUCAUAACAACUAUUCCCCCACUAACGACUACGACCUUGGCAUCUACGGGAAAAUGCGUUUGCCCUCAAAACUUAACGAACAACGGACAAUUGGAAUUUCUUCAUUCGUCGACUAUUCAUUCAUCGACUAUUACUACACCAGCUGAUCUCAUAGUGUCUCCAACAGCUUAUAACGUAACAGCUGCUGAAGAGGCUGAGAGAAUGCAAAGGCACAAGGAAUUACUUGAAGAAACUGUCGCCGUCGGGAUGAUGUUCGCAUCGAAGGCCUUUGUACAAUUGUUGGCUAAUCCUAUAGUUGGACCUUUGACUCACAAAAUCGGUUACAGCAUACCAAUGUUCGCAGGUUUUAUUAUAAUGUUUGUAUCGACCUUGAUUUUUGCAUUUGGACGGAGUUACAGCAUAUUAUUUUUGGCCAGAGCUCUUCAAGGCAUAGGGUCAUCAUGCUCGACGGUAUCAGGUAUGGGUAUGUUGGCUGAAAGGUAUCAAAACGAUAAAGAGCGAGGAAAUGUGAUGGGAAUCGCUUUGGGAGGGUUGGCUCUAGGAGUUUUGAUUGGUCCACCUUUCGGCGGUGUUAUGUAUGAAUUUGUUGGAAAAUCGGCACCUUUCCUAGUACUUUCAGCGCUUGCACUAGGCGAUGGUGUUUUGCAGUUACUUAUGCUACAACCUGCGGUAGUUUACACAGAGACGGACCCUCCAUCCUUGAAAUCGCUCAUGAUGGAUCCUUAUAUCGUCAUAGCAGCUGGAGCAAUAACAUUCGCUAACAUGGGAAUCGCGAUGUUGGAACCGAGUUUACCAAUUUGGAUGAUGGACACAAUGGGCGCCAGUAGAUGGAAACAAGGUGCAACAUUUCUGCCUGCUAGCAUCAGUUAUCUUAUAGGAACGAAUCUUUUUGGACCGCUAGGCCACCGUAUGGGCAGGUGGUUGGCCUCUUUAAUCGGCCUCGUCAUAAUUGGUUUCUGCCUCAUGUGUAUCCCACUAGCCAAGAAUAUCAACCAUUUGAUCAUACCGAAUGCUGGCUUGGGUUUCGCAAUUGGCAUGGUGGAUAGUUCCAUGAUGCCUGAGCUCGGCUAUCUCGUUGAUAUACGUCACUCCGCAGUUUACGGCACUGUCUACGCCAUCGGGGACAUCGCUUUUUGUCUUGGAUUUGCUAUAGGUCCUGCGUUGAGUGGAACACUAGUAAACACAAUCGGAUUCGAAUGGAUGCUGUUUGGCAAUGCGAUGUUGUGUUUCAUGUACGCACCUUUAAUGUACUUCUUGAGAGCCCCACCGACGAAAGAAGAGAAAAAGUCGUUGAUAAUCGGCGAAAAGUCAUCAGUGCGAUAUGUAACUUAUCAAGACGAGGAAGAAGACCAAUAGACUAAAAACUAAUCACUUAUGGAAUCGUUGUUUAUUUUAUUUUUGCAUUUGAAUUGUCGCAUUUUUCACUGUCUUUUUUCAAACAAGAAGAAUGAUUUAUGACGAAAAAAAUGACCUGAACGGUUAAACAAUAUUUUUUAACGUUUAUAUUUCAAAGCGAACUACUCGCUAUCAGUGGAUUUCUUGCGCUUUCUGAAAAUCAAAUAUGAAUGAGCAAACUGUUACACAAGAAGCGAGAGCUAAAAAUUAGCACAUAUAUUAGCUUAUCUCGGGUUAUGGUCGUUUUUUCGGAAAUUCUGUAUAUUGUGGAAAGAUGCAAUGCACGGAGCGUGCACGGUGCGAGAGUCCUCUUUAACGCGUAAAGAGGACAGUAUAUUCGAAUACUUCGGCCUACCGCAUGGCAAAAUACAAGAAAAAAUGUAUGUACAAUAGAAAAGCGUAAAACGAAAAUUGGAGAAAUAAUCACUCGAUAUCUGCCGCACGAAUUCCCAAUUUUCAAGAUUUCAGCAUCGUGAGCGCACCGUGAACUACAAUUAACAUUUUAUCUAGUCUACACCUAUCUUUGAAAUUAUUCGACAAAGUUAUUUAAUCAAUAAAAAAUUAAUAUAAACAUAAAUAUGGAAAGAUAUGUUGAAAAAAAAUACACUUACUCAACAGUGAGGCCUGUACUGAAAGUUAUUCGCUCGUUGAUCGUAAAGUUACAAAAAAACGAUAAACAAUGCACUAAAUCGUCCUGCAACAUAGUUUUGAAAAGAGAGCUGAAUUUUAUCGAUCUCAAUCGGGAUUUAGUUUUCAGAACUACAGGUGGGAUAUAUGUAAAGUACAUGAGAUAGAUGGUGAGUAAUCCAUAUUGAAGUUCAAUUUUUGCACAUUCAGCAAUUACGAAAAAAAUAGCAUUCUGUACGAAAAAUAAAUACGGUAUGGAAUCAUGUUUAAGAUGUAAGCGUAUAAAUUCGCUAUGCGUGAUGCAAAAUUAAAAAAAAAAAAGCGAGUCAGCGUCAACAGCAAAGGGUUAUCUUCAUUUUUCUCGAGUCUGUUAAUAUUUUUCAAAUGAAUAAAACCAGGUGAAUUAGAAAUUUAGUUGAAAAUCAAAAUCUUUUAGCAGGGAUCAAGGGGAAAACGGAUUAAAAUUUAUUUGCUUUCCUUCGGUUGGUUCUAAAAGUUAAUACCUUCGAGAAACAUUAACAAAUGAGAUUUUUUCCCAUCUGAGUUCUUUCGAUAUCACCUGAUUUACCGUAAAUUGUCACAGGCCAGAAAAACAAACGUUAACGAAAGAUAGCGGAUGAAAUUUACGAAUUCAUCGAUAGUUAGAAUUUGCGGAGCUAUAUGCAUAAUGAAUGCAGUAAGCUACGUGUACCGUGAACAUAAUUUACAUAAAACAAACGGAGAUAGAGCGCGAGACGUUCCCAUAAGAAAAAAGUAUAUAAAAAAAACUUAAAUCUGGGAGUCUGAGGAAAAAUUGGAGAAAUAGAGAGACAUUGUAGCGACAGCUAAUGGUAUAAACUGUCACAAUAUAUUAAUAAUUCGAAAAUAGUCAUUGGUGGAAUGUCAUAAAAAUCCGACAGACGGGGGGCUGAUAUUAUUCGUCACGAAUUGAUGCAUCAGCUGGAUAAUUCACAACUCGCUAUGGUGAGCCGAAUAGUAACUUUUCAAAAUUAAUUAGAAGCCAAAUUAUUCGUGAUACCGCCCGAUUAGGAUUCCCUGAAUGGCUGCAGGGAAACCGUGCAAAAAAUGCGAUCGGGUCCAAUGAAGAGUACACGAGACACUUUUUUUCUCCUUUUUAUUGCGGUAUCGAAAUUUUUUCAUUGGUAUUGAGAGAAAUGUAAUGUCAAAAGUGCUAUGGCCCCUAGCGAUGAUGAACAGGUUUGAUUACUUCGAUACACUUUGAAACAGUCUCACCAAACGAAACAGCGUAUUCGAGACUCUCGAUGUUCAUUCAUAUCCACUAUAAUCGUCUGCUUUUAUUUAUUUAAACAUCGGUCUUCUUGCAUGCGCUGUUUCAAUUUAUGUGACGACCAAAGAAGCGAAUAGCAUCGGCAAUAUAUCUCUGUUUCUAGGCAUUCGGCGAAACGGCGACAGCGAGGUAGAGAUGAAUAUAAAGAUGAAAUCGAGGCGGUAAACUCUUUCGGAUGGAAUAGGAAAAACCCUAAAAAUAUAAUUUACGAAUAAACGAGAAUUCUCGGAUAGAACAUAAAUUCGUAGAAGCAAUACAAAGUAGUGAAUACGUAUAUCGACUAUUAUUUAUUAAUAUAUUCAAGAUCUAUCUGUGUAUUUCAUAGAACGAUUGGAUUAGUAAAGAUUCAAUUCGUCGUAGUCGACCGUAUCUAAAUGUUGAAGUAAGUGUUUUAGAAGUAAAAACUAAACUUAUUGCGAUCGAUGCACUCAAGUGUAUCGAUCAAGUUGAUGUUAUUGAAUUUACUGUCGCGUAUUUAUUGGAAACAAAAAAUGAUAAAAUAUUUAAAGUCAGUGUAUAUGUGUCGAAAGAUAAUGAGAAUAAAAACUGUAAUCUCGUAGCGUUGGAUGCUACGAAAGUUAAGAUCCUAAGCUACUCGGUUUUCGAAUCUUCAUCUCGAUUAUUUAGGAUACACCAAAAUUAUCUUAACCGCUAUUGCUGUGGGAGUAAUAUCGCAUCUCUGUACACUUGUUGUACGCGCUAUUGAUUGAGAAUGAAAAUUUUGAAAAAGUAAAAAAAAAAAACAAAUACGUUUGCUCGUAAUAAUUCUAUAUUUUCGGAGAAUUUCUCACUCUCCACUAUUCAGUAAACGAACACCUCACAUAAUUGUAUCAAAAGAACUCCUUCUUGGAGCAGUGAAAAAUGGAAACGAACAAAAUAUUGAAAUUGACGAAAAAACAAAAAAAAAUCAUUAAAAAUGCAUUUUGAUUGUGAAGACAUCGCGUUAGAUUCGCGAAUAAAAAUUCACGUGAAUCCCGUGGAUACGAAAGUUCUGUUCCGACCGUUUACGAUGAAUGUUUGUGAUAGUUCGAAAGAAUAAAAAAAAUCACAAACUACUCGCGAACGGUCGUGACAGCACUAUUUUCGUCGGAUUGUAAAAAAAAGACAGUUUUCCGCCUCGAGUUCAAUGUUUCAAUAAGGUCGCGUUCAUGUGCGCCUACUCCUGAUACGAAACGCGAGUCAAUUUUUUGAACGCCGUUACGCCGAAUGCCUCUCGACGAAAAAAAAAACGAUGACGAAUGCAUGAAGCCCGUAUGAGAAUAACGAGAUAAGUUAUUAAUGAUAAAUGGGAGAACCGAACGAUUAAAAUGAAAAUAAAAGAGCAGUCUAAUUCGAAACUUUGGGAAUUGAGAAUAUUGCUCGAAAUAAUGUAUUACUCUACAAACGUGAAGAAACGUAAAUAUGUAUACAAUAUACAUAACACAUAUAAACAUGAAUAAACCUCAUCGAUAUUAUUCUGUAAAUAAAAUAGAAUGCUUGAUAUUGUGAACGACAAAAGACGCUGCUGACAAUACCAAACGAUAAAAAAAAAAGUUCAUCACCUUUUCGACCUAAAAAUGAACAUUUUUUUGAUUAAUGUACUCAAAUUUUCCAAUCGGCACCAAAAUUCGAUAUACGAAUAACACAGUUUUCGAGCACAGAGCAUCUCGAAUGUAUGCAAGAAAAAAAAUUUGGUCAGCUAACGUAGGGAAUUAAUAUAACUGACGAAAGGAAUUGCAGAAAGAAAGAAAAUAAAUUUUAUGAAUCGGCGUGUUAGGCCGAGGCUUGUUCGAAUUGCUGAUGCAAUCAAGAGUAUGUUUAUUAAGAAUUUGCGAGAUAACGAGUCAUCAACAGACUCGGGACAUAUCCGUAAUUAUUACGAAAUACAACGAACACUGAAUUUUAUUUUUCUCCUUUCUCAUACAGUUUCAGUGUCCAACAAAAUUUUUUUUUUCAAAUCUCUUUUCAAGUUUUUUCGUUUUUCAUGACUGAUAAUUCUUCUCAAUCAUCAGGAUCCUGACCCAGUGAGAGAAUACUUAAAUCAGCUGAAAUUUUUGAAAAAACGAGGCCCCUAUUACUAUUGUGUAUUUAUAAUAGCUUUCGCCGAUGAAACACUCGACCAAGCAAACAAAAUAUAUAAAUAAUCCAUCAGCAACUCUGACAAAACUACAUGUAAAGGAAAAAGAGAAAAAAACAUUUUCACAGUUAUAAUAAAAUGUAAUGAAAGCGAGAAAUUGAUUGUGUCUCGACGCAAGUACAUAUCUCAAAAAAGAUGAAAAUAACGAAUUAUUAUUCACGCGUGUAUCCCGGACUCCGAAGAGAAAAUUUGUAAGAAUAACGAAAAUAUGUGCAAGAAUACAAUCGUGAUCCAGAAGAAAAUCUGUAGAAAGCCUCGAGGAGAUUAUUUCAACAUCAAAGAUUUGCAUUGUGUUACAAAAAAAAAGAAAAAUGUAUGAUACUAAUAUUCGGUGAAGAUGAACGGGAUUGUAUAAUGACACGUCGUGGGGCUGCUAUUGUGAACAGACAAUAAGCAAUGAAGAGCUCAACUCCGCAAAAAUGAAAAAAAAAAAUCGUAAGGAGUCUCGAGUAAAUCUUUUAUGUUUCAGAUCAUUUUUCUCUGAUCAAUCACUUAUGAAAAUCAAAACCGGAAAAGAGAUCGAGAAUUCUGUUCUCACGUCACGAAUGAGAAUCGCAAUGUCACAUCUUCGACAUGUGGAUUUAAAGUUAUAUUAAAUUAUGGCAAAAUUAACGAAACCUAUGCGAUUAAUUCUUAAUGGACUAAUCACUAUUUUUAAAUUAUGAGAUCAAAGAAAAUCUGCUUUUUCGCUCCGAACAUUGUGACCUGUAACAUUGAAUAAUAAUUCUUCCUCAUUGAUAAGAAAAAAGCAGUAGUCAAACUGAUAAAAGAAGAAGGAAGGAAUAGACGAAUAAAUAAAAAAAAAGAACAAUUUAUAUCGUGAUAAAUUAAUCAGCUGGUGUAUGGGUCCGACUUAUGUCUGCGUAGUGAGAAAGAGGCGAGAUUCAUGGAACCAUCGUACUCAUCGUUACUUUCAUAGUCUAUAGAUACAACAAAAAUAUUUAAAAGUGUAUUGUUAAAGAAAAAACCCACAAUAUAUAUGUAUAAAAGAAAUAUGUGGAAGAAAAAGAACCAGGUGUCGAGAUUAUAGUCUCCGAUACACUGUUUCAAAUUGCAAGAACAUUAUUCUUUGUUGAAAAAAAUAGAAGAAAAAAUACUCGUACCCGAGAGCCUAUAUAUAUGCAUAAUUAUUGUACAUUUUAGUGAAACGUUUCUUUACCUGUUUUUUACGUUUGCUUCACAAAUGUGCUGAUAAACGAUGGAGAUUAACCGUAAUCGAUUCUGACUUGCAUUAACAUCGCGCUAUUUCUCAUUUGAGCGUCAAGUUGAGAAACAAAAAAAAAAUUUUUAAAAGUCUACAAAUAAAAAUAGCGUUUCGAUGUGUGUCAAAUCUCAUCUCUCUAUGUACUAUAUGGAAAAAGUGUACUCUAAACGACCGAAUAAAUUGUAAUCAACGUUA